AUGAAGAGGGAGGGUCGUCAACACGGCUUUGUUCGGAGCUACAUCAUCUUUCCGACUCCCUUAUCUCAACAGAGACACGUAAAGGCGGUAGAUUCUGCCUCCGUUGCUGGUUUGUUCACGAAGGUGUCAAGGAAGCCAACAAAUCAGUCCAAGUUCACCGGGAAAUGUGGUAAGGCACGAUGCAUCGGUUGUCAUAUCCAUCCGGCUACUAAGUCAAAAGACAAGACCAAGGGCACCAUGAAGUUGAGAUCAAUCGGAUUUGAUCACGGAAUAAUUGGUUAUCCUUCUGGUACUUCAGCUACCGGCGUAUUAGCUUAUUUAGCCAGCAAGGCAUAUUAUGAUGGUGAUGACGAUGAAUAUGAUGGUGCAAUUGAGGACUGUGACUAUGAUUACUGA